CAGUCAGUGAGACCACUAUCUGUGUUUCUUAGAGCAUGGCGAUCGAUACCCAGCGACUCCUCUGUCUCUAUGUCCAUACAUGUACUGCAUGUCAGGGCAGGCUCAUGGGGGUUUGUUAUCCAUCAGUGCAUGUCCCUGCGGCCAAGAUGGGGUUAAUAUUUCUAGUCUGGCUGACAGCAGGAUAGAGGGAAGGAAGUAGAGAGAUUAAAUGAGUGAGAGGCAGGGGGCAGAGGAGAGAGAGAGAGAGAGAGAGAGACGAGUGAUUUAGUUCAUCCCUGAUUGACUAUAGCUAGCACACUGGCACUCACAAGCACUAACACCCACACCGAACGAUGGAGAGAGACAGCAGAAAUGAGAAGUUCUUCUCCAGAAAGAGAAGUUUCACUUUUGGGGCAUAUGGAGGUGUGGACAAGUUCAUAUGUGAAAAUGAGACUAGACCAGAACCUUUAGAACACAGCAUUCUGGAUAUUUUGGACUCCCCUACCAGCGAGACCAAACCGUUCCUUUCUGCUGGCAGCAACCGGAAGGUGACAGAGCUGUUUGAGAUCAUUGAGAAGUUGCAGAGCAGCAGGCUAGAUGAACAGCGCUGUGAAUUCCCUCUGCCUUUGAGGUCUCAGCUUUUGAAGAUAGGUCAUGACCUUCCUCUGAUCCUGCCUCCAAAGCUGGGUGGUUACUGGAUAGACCCCCCGCUACAAAAGUUUGCUGAGACCAGUCCGACAUCCUCUCAUUAUGGACUAGACCCAGAGACCUAUGACAUCAUGGAGAGAGACAGCGAGGCCACAUACUACCAGGAGUUCUUCCGCUCACGAUAUCAUCACUCGUUCACAGCAGUGGACCCCUCCCUGGGACCCCUCCUUCUCUCUGUCUGUUUGGAGGAAGAAGAGAAGAGGCUGAGAGUAAUCCUGAGGAUGAGGGAAUGCUCUAUGCAUGGGGUUUUCUCUGUGUCUCUGUUCCCAAACAUCCCGUCUGCUGUGGAGCUGGCCAAGAUGCUAUGUAACAGUGUGACAGUGUGUCCAGAUUUGAUGUGGUCAGUUACCUCAAGGCACCAGAUCUUAUAACAGCAUUUGAUGAACACAGAGUGUCUCUGAAUUUCAAGUUUGGUGUCUUGUAUCAGAGAGAGGGACAGUUGACAGAGGAGGACAUACUCUGUAACAAUGAGGAAAGUGAAGAGUUUCAAGAAUUCCUCUCUAUUUUGGGAGAUACAGUCACACUUCGAGGGUUCACUGGGUUCUGAGGAGGUUUGGACGUG